UUAGGGCUUACAAGCUAAAAGCUUUCCUUUUCAUAGGGGUAUAUCUUUAAAACUCGUUAUCUGAGGAUGCGCGUAAAAAGUGAAGACUUUGAAGUAGUUAAUACUUGGCAUCGCAUUUGUGUUGACAUCAGUAAUGCACGUUUCUAUUGUGUUUAGAUGAAGAAACCCUCCUCAGUCGUUCAUGGUUACAGAUGUGCGAAGUUUCUGUGUGAGCUGUUUAGUCAAGCGUCUGUGGUAACUUAACGCAUAGAGAGAGAGCAAAGUUUUCUUGAAUUAUCUCAGUUUUGGGGCUAAUUAACAAACUUUAUCAUUACUUGCUUUAGACAGUCCGCUACUGACACCUUCAAUUAGGAAGCUUAAAGGAUGGCUAAAAUUCAUUUCAGUUCAACUUUCAUGCGUACUAGAGAGAACAUUACAAAGUACAGUGAAAUUCUUAUUCUGCAAAUCUUCCAGCAACAUUUAAAAAGAACAACAAUUAACAAGAGAAAUUAUCUAAGACAACAAGUAGUCUAUAAAUACUAAUAGCAGUAAAUAUAUAACUGUGCAAUGAGCGCAUUUGUGCAAAACAAGCAGGUUCCCUCCAAAUGUGAACCACCCAACCAACCUACAAUACUGGAGGGAGAGGAUACCUUGCCAGCCCAUACUUUCAGCCUGGGUUUACUUACCAAUACCUCUACACAGUAGACACCAUCCUUGACCAUAUUUCCAGUCCUAUGCUAAAGGGAUCUGGUUUCAAAGCUGAAAUUCUGGUUCAGUUAAAUCUGGUGUGGGCAAACAACAGUAAUCAUCUGGAGCAACUCGUUCAGAUCCAGUUUCAGGAACUGAAAGUGUUUAAUGUGACUGAACGUACCGAAAGUGAAAACAUAUUCCUUGGAACCUCUGGUGAUGCAUUACUUGGACAGAACAAUGCAGCUGCCCUCAAGAUCCCUAUGCUGUUCCACUGGAAUAGGGGAAAGGUGGAAAGAAUAUAUGUAUCAGAAGGAAGCAGCACCAUGAACCUUGACCUACAGAGAGGUUUUAUCUCCCUCUUUCAACUGCAAUUGCAUUCUGGCACAGUUACAGAGACUGAUGUCUCAGGAGAAUGUCAGGUCAUCUAUGAUGGUAGAAAGGAUCGAGUUGCAAAAAGAAAAGUUCUUGGCUCAUGUCGCAGACCAGAGUUUGGUUUCACUUCAGUGAACAAGAUGUUCGGAGCAUCCUGGCAAGCCACAAGUGAAAGCCUCUAUGUAUUGGAAGAUGGGCUCAUAAAAUCUGUAGCGCUAGAAGAGCGUCACACAGUUGCUUUAAAUCUGAAGUCGUCAGUUGGUGCCAUUAUCGUUUCAAGACAGCAUCUUCAAUUGAUAUACAGUGAGCCAAGUGCCUCUGGGAUGUUGCAGGGAAAUUUACAUGAAACACUGGCUGGAUUUCAAGGAAACUAUAAAGUAACAGAUGUGUUCACUUCUCCAGCUCAGAAACCAUGCAAGGAUUGCCCAGUGAUUAAAUCGUUUCUAAAAAUGGGCAAGAUUGAUUCUUCAAAACUGAAAACUACAAAACAGUUCCUUGUAGCAGUAAAGACACUCCGUGCAGCCAAGAAAAAAGAUAUCCUCCUCUUACUGAGAAAUGCUCCUAAGGAAGCAAUACCAUUUUUUAUAGAUGCAGCCAUAGCUGCUCGCACUAUAACAUCCUUGAAUGCUCUUUCAGAGUUCUUGGAUUUCACUGACAAAAGCCUUGCAUCACUGCAGGAGAAGUUUCUAUAUGCUGCUGCUUUUUCUCCACGUCCUUCCAAAGAACUCCUUCACCUUAUUCUGAGGAAACUACAGGGAGGAAUCGCUGAUUCAGACAUAGAGGAUUCAGCACUGAUUGUGACAGGCGCACUAAUUGGCAAACUGUGCCGGAUCAAACUUUGCACAUCAAAGGAUGUUGAGGCAGCAAAGGAGUACAUACUUACUCAGCUGAAGAAUUCAAAAGAUGAUGCGAAGACUGCGGUGUGUUUGCUAGGGUUAAAGAAUGCCCAGCUUCCGGAAACUAUACCACUCCUCCUGCAGUAUACAGAUGUAAACUCCAGUACUGUGUCCAGUGCUGCUGUUUCAAGCCUUCAGAAGUUCCCAGAUGAGUAUUUCACUCAAGAGGUACAGAAGCAAAUGAAAUUGAUUUUUCAUCAGAACCAGAAACGUUAUGAUAGGACAGUCCGCUUGGCAGCUGCAGACAUCAUACUUAGAAGCAAGCCAUCUUACAUGGAUGUAGCUAACAUUCUGAUGUCUAUUGGAGAAAUACCAUCCAAAAUGUCUGAAUUUUUGUUCUCCAAGAUCCAGACCGUACUGCAGACUAUUCAUCCAGCAAGGAAUGUGAUACUUGAAGUGUUAAAAGAUCCAGCAAUUAAUAAUUAUGGCCGCUGGUCUCUAGCUGGGAAUUCAACUUCAGCUGUAGGACUUUUGGGAGCUUCAGAUGAUUGGGCUUCCACAUACAGCUUAGAGCUCCUUUUCUCAGAAUCUGGCCACAUAAGAAAGAGCAACAGUGAUUUUCUAUUGCACAGCCAUGGUAACCAACUUCUCAUCACACAGGUGUCCAUUGAAAUCCAGGGUUUGGAAUCCCUUAUUGGAGGAACUCCAGAAGAAGGUGAAGAGGAGGCAGAAGCUAUGGCUGGGAUGUCUGCUACCUUAUUUGAUGUCCAGCUACGUCCAGUUGUAUUCUUCCAGGGGCUGACUGACUUAAUGUCAAAAUUUUUUUCUUCUAGUGAAGGGCCCACAACUGUUGUCAAAGGAAACAUCUUACUGAUAGACCAUUUACAGGCUAUAUCUCUACAGUCUGGCCUACAUAUUCUUGCUGAGUUUCAAGGCUGCAUUGGGAUUGAUGUGUCAGGUGACAUUGAUGUUAGUUUGUGGGACCAGGAGGCAAAGACAACCAUGAAAACCAGGGGUACACUGGUCAUCAAUUCAAGGGUACAGCUAGAUGUCGGUUUUAUGCAAGCUGGCGUGACUAAAAGAACUGAGGCUGUAAGCUCCAUUAACUGUAAUAAUACCCUGAAUUUUGCUGCUACGCCACUGCUGAUGUGCCUUCAGCUACAGAAAGAUGAUGUGACCGUAAGAGAAGUGUCAACAGUUUAUGAGUCAUUACCUAGUGGGAGAAACUUCACACAACGAAAAGUUACAAGACACACUAUAGCAGGGGCCGAAGUCCCACUACACCAUGUCAACAAUGAAAUGUGCAAAGAGCUGUUUGAAAAUUAGCUGACAACACCUAGUUCCAUGUGUCACCCAAUGAAAAACCACAAAUGGAAAAGGAAAUUGCUAAGCUACUGAAGUCCUCUUUAGGUAAACAGUAAAGCAGUUAUUUGAGGAGAUUUUUUCAGAUUUAAAGAACAAAUAUCAACUCGUGGCAAAAUAUCCCAGUGUGACUGUUGUAAAUCUAAAGUCAUAUUUCAUCCUGACCUUUAUCAUUCCCCCUUGUUUUCUACAUUAAUUAUUUUUAUGUACAUUUUAAGGGUGUGCUUGCUGUGCGUUUCUAACAGAAUUGGAUCCUACCCCAUCUCUGCUGAUUUUUGACCAACUUUCGUGUUUAAAGUUUUGGGAAAGAUUAUCUAAAAUACAAGAACACAGUUCUAGAUCAUGCAUUUAUUAUGCUGGCAUAAAGUAACAGAUAACUGUUGCAUUAUGUGCCAGAUUAAAACUGCAGUGCCAGAAUGAAAGCCUGUCACUCUAAUUUUCAUCUGGAUUUGGUCUUCAGACAUGUUUAAUUACCACUUUACAGCAGAAUAUGUUGCUUCUAUUGCCUACAUGGUGUAAACUGCAGCUGGUGACACAAAACAUGGAAUAAAGCAUACAUUUUUCUAUUGAAGUAACAAGCAAUUGUGAUGUAAAUAAAGUCUUACCUUCUGUUUUAUAAGAACUAUGCACUAUUAAUAACUGUACUGCAGUUAUAAAAGCAAUGCAGAUGGUGAAUUGUUUUGUUACGGUAAUACAUUUUGUAUUAAAAAUAAAGUAAAAAUACAUUUUGUGUUGUAAAAUGAACUUAAAAGCUGAAAAAAUGGAUAAUGUGCAGUGCUGUGUAAUUUAGCUGAUAUACAGAAUUCCUAGUUACAAAUUGUAUUCAGCUCAGGAAAUUCUGUAAUAAAAAUAAAAGAACUGAAUUUUAGGAAAGUCA